AUGCUCAAAGGGCUUGAGCUCCACGGCAACGAGAUGCUGGAGAUCGUCUGCACCAGCGAACCAGACAAGGCCGAUGAGAUGAUCACCAGGCUCUGGAGGAAGGCUGGCGGCUGUCAUCGUAAGAUCGUUGGUCUUGGUGUGCACUACACCAGGGAAGACAAACCUCCCCAGAUGGCAGCAGUCCUGCCCAAGUGCCUCAAUGAGAUGCUGAAGCAUGAGAAGUUGUUCACAUUUGCCGGUUUCAGCAUUGAAGGCGACAAAGAGAAGAUGAAGAUGUCUGGCCUUCCAACGAUCAACCCCAACAAGUAUGUCGACAUUCAGCGCUUCUGGAGAAUUCCAUACACCGGAAAAGAGUAUGACUCCUUGACUGAUGUUGCAGCUAGCGUCAUCCACCCAUUCUACAAAGGCAUGAAUAAGAACAUUGACACGCAGGAAGACCACAAACUGUGGGUGAUCAGCCCGCUGCCAGACAAGCUCAUCGAGUACGAGGGAAAAGAUGCGUACGCCAUGUUCAAGUCAUGGAAGAUAAUCGACAACAUCACAAAUGGUAGGGAAAUUGCAAAAGCGCGGGAGGUUGACCACUACUACGACCGCCCCUUCCGCCCCUUUUAG